ACAAGCCAGCUGUAUUGUGUAUACAAGCCUCUUGACCUUAACUUCUCUCAAAACCCGUAUUAGAGUUGAACUCUUUCUCUCUCUCUCUCUCUCUGCCGUCCAAGAACAAAACAAACAAAAAAAGGGUUAUACACAAAGAGAGACGAAAGAAAUCAACCCCAUAAUGGAGAAAAGUGUUCUCGAUUACGUAUUAGUUCCUUCAGGCCUUGUUGUAAUGGUGUCAUACCACAUAUGGCUUCUCUACCGAAUUUUGAAGCACCCCAACAACACUAUCAUCGGCAUCAAUGCCGUCAAUCGUCGCUUCUGGGUCCGUGCUAUGAUGGAGGAUGUGUCCAAAAAUGGUGUUUUGGCUGUACAGACACUGAGAAACAAUAUAAUGGCAUCGACCCUAUUGGCUUCCACAGCAAUAAUGCUUAGCUCACUCAUUGCUGUGUUGAUGAGUAGUGGCAACUGGGACAAAUCGGCAUUACUUGUGUUUGGAGACAAAAGUGAGCUUGUCUUCUCCAUAAAGUUCUUUCUUAUACUGGUUUGCUUCUUGGUUGCUUUCCUUUUCAACAUGCAGUCUAUAAGGUAUUACAGCCAUGCAAGUUUCCUUAUCAACGUUCCCUUCAAGAAAAUGUUACUAGAUCACCACAAUCAAAUUCUCACUACUGAGUAUGUUGCCAAGACAGUAAAUAGGGGAGGCUAUUUCUGGUCUCUAGGCUUGCGUGCCUUCUACUUCUCUUUCCCUAUGUUUUUGUGGAUCUUUGGGCCCAUCCCUAUGUUCUUGAGCUGUUUUCUCCUGGUUUUCAUGCUUUAUUUUCUGGAUGUUAGUUUUGAGAGUGGGUGGGUUGUUGAUGUUUCUGCUGAUGACCACAAGAAGGAUGAGGAAGUUGGGUGUGAAAGUGAAACUACUUAAAAAUAUUGGGUUUAUCAUUUAUGGCAAUCUAGCAUAGAUGUUAGCUUAGUAUUAAAUAACAACAACCAGGCUUGUAAGUCCCAAAAAUGAAAAGAAAGAGCAACUCAAAGUUCAACCCAAGUUGAAUAAAGUUGCAUUUCUGGUUCUGUAACUUGUAUUAUCGUCUUGAAUAAGCAUAUCACUUUGGCAUGUUUUGUUAA